CCACCGCGUGUCGGUUGCUACGGGCAACCAGCGGCUGGAGGUAAGAGGGAGCCAUGGAGCCGCAAAAAACAGCCCGGGACUUCAGUCGGCUGGUGGAGGACAGCAAAAAGGAAAUUGAUACAGUGCAAACCACCUUAGAAAAACUACGUGGACUCUCUCAAGAUGACAAAACAGAAAAUGCCUUGUUACGAUCUCGAAUAGAUGAACAGUCACAACUCAUCUGCAUCCUAAAGCAUCGAGCUGAUGAAUUCUUACUGCGUUGCCAAGCUUUGGAGACAAUUAAUACUGAGCUGGAGAACCAGCACAAGGACCUCAAGCAACAAUUAGAGAGCCAACUCAAGCAGUCAGCUCAGCUAGAAGCACGAUUCAUGGACCUGGCAUUCAAUCACCAAGAAAUUAUCAAAUUCAAGGAUGAGUAUAAGAGUCAGAACACAGAGCUCAGAAAGCAAAAUGAAAAACUUCGGAGAGAGAAUGAAAGUAUUUUCUGUAAAGCCCUGGGUCAGAAAGAUGAUGAAAUACUGAAGCUCUCUAAUGAGUUGGAAAAAUGUUUAAAGCAAUGCAAGACACUCGAACAGGAAUGCAAUGACAUAACACUGAAUUUACAGAGAAAAGAAAGUGAGUUCUUGGAGCAGAAAACCAGCACAGAGAAAUUUUAUCUGAAUGAAGUGCAAUCAUUGAAAGCAAAGCUGAAAGAAUCAGAAGAUCGAUGCAAAAUGGCUGAACUGAAGCAGAAAGAAGCUGAAGAAAACAGAUGUCAUCAAGAAACAGAACUUCACCAUAAAUUGCAUGAACUGUCCAAGGAGAAGGAAGAACUUCUGACAAUUUCCAUGCAGCGAGGGAAAAUAAUACAGGACAAAGAAAAGAAUGUUCACCAACUGGAGGAGAAAUUAAGAUUAGCAGAAAAAGCAAGACAGGAAGCAGAGGAUCGAGAACAAUCUCACUUUCUCCAAACUUUCAACGUAACUGAAAACAUCUCACGGAACAACUCAGUAAAUCUCUUCGGCACUUAAGGCUUUGACACCUUUCCUGAAUAGUGGUGUCCAGAAUGGAAGGCAAUACUUCAGCUUGAGUUUGAACCAGGGUUUUAUUGAAAUCUAACAUAACAUUGUUAGAGCAUUGAUUGCAAAAACAAUAGGUUAUAAUAGGCCUCUCAACUUGUUCUACUGAAGUAACAUAUGUGUACAUCCCCAUGGUUUUCUAUUGGUGUGCUUUCCAAACUGUAACAUUUCAUAUACAUUGCAUCACUUCAUUCUUUCCACUUAAAUAAAUUACUUCAUAGAUUUGUGUUAAAUUUAUCUGCAACUAAAAAAGUGAUCGAGAAGGCAUACAGCAUGCUUACCUUCAUCAGCCAGGGCAUCAAAUAUAAAAGUUAGCAACUUAUGUUACAGCUGUAUAAAACUUUAGUUAGGCUGCAUUUGGAAUACUCCAUGCAGUUCAGGCUACCACAGUACCAGAAGGAUGUGGAUGCUUUGGAGAGGGUGCAGAGAAGGUUUACCAGGAUGUUGCCUAGUCUGGAGAGUUUUAGUUAUGAGAAGAACUUGAAUAAACUCAGAUUGUUACCACGGGAAGGACUGAGGGGUGACCUGAUAAAGGCCGAGAAAAUUAUGAGAAGAAUCAAUAGGGUGAGUAGUCAGAGGCUUUUUCCCCCAAGGUGGAAAGAUCACCUACAAGAGGGGAUAGGUUCAAGGUCAGAGGAGGAAGGUUUAAGGGGCAAGAGCGAGGAAAAUUUGACACAGAGAAUGAUGGGUGCCUGGAACGCACUGCUAGUGGAGAUGAUGGAAGUAGGCAAGUUAGCAACGUUUAAGGCACAUAUUGAUAGACGCAUGAAUGGGAGGCGAACAGAGGAAUAGAAACCAAGUAUGGGCAAUACCUAUUGGGUCUAAAUAAGUAUUAGGAAUCAGCACAGGCUUGGUAGGCCUUAGGACUUAUUCAUGUGCAGUAUUGUGUAACAUAUCUGACCCUAUCUGUCAAUUUACUAUAUUUCCAAAGUUUUUGCAUCAGGGUUUACUAUGAAGUACCGUAUGUCUAUGUCCGUGUAAUGAAUAUGUAUCAACAAGAUUGAGAAAAUGUGCUAGACUGACUUUUUUUUAAGGACACCCUCCCAAUCAAUUAUGAUUAUCUUGGACAUAGAAUGGGAAGGAUUGAUCUUCAGAAGAAGAAGGAUUAAAAAGAUUUGAAGUAAUUAGUAUAUUAAUUGGAAAGGAGAUCAGAAAAGUUUUAUGAUCUCUUCAAAAUACUUCAAGAUGCUGUGAAGUGCUGUAAGUUAUGCGCUAUGGUCUAAGAACACGUAACUAGGGUUUGGCUGAAUCACUGUUUUUCAAUCACCGCAGACACUUUGGGCCAAAUGACCUUCAACAGUGCUGUAAAUGUUUUGUUUCUAAGGUGCCAGUACUUACACCUAAGGGCUACCCACUACACUCUUCCUUCUCUUUUGAAAAAUAACUGUUCAAAAUAACUACGGUUUUCUGUGCCUUAACCAAUUUUGUAUCCAUGUAGCUAUUGUCACUUUACUCAGUUUUCAAUUUUGCUACCUGAUCUAUAUUAUGGGAAUUUAUCCAAGACUACGGGACACUCUUUCUACACAUCAACCAUAGUAAGCUCAUCAAAUCUUCUUGUUAUAUCAUUAAUGCCCACCCCGCUAGAAUCCUCUUAUACCCAUGAUCCUAAUCCUCAAUACCCACCCAUGUGCUGCCAUGGACCUAAUACCUGCUUACCUACCCAAUGUCCACUCAUCCAGUACUCACUAUGUAGAGAGCUGUUGAGCCUUAUAAUAAAAUGCUUUUGAAAUAUAUGUAAACCAGCAAAAUAAACAAACAGUCCAUAAAUAUUAAUCUGAAAAUAAACCAUUAUCCUAUUAAAUAAUCAUAAAAUGUCAAGAAACAAGUUAUUCAAAAUCUACUUCAAUAAGUGAUAAUCCCAUUAAGUGGCCAAAAGAAAAACUGUCAAACUGCCUGUCUCUCAGGAAUGGACAAAAGUUCUUGAAUUGAGUCCCACCUCCUAUUUUUAAAGCCUGCCUAAUAUGGGUUGGUCCUUUGUUGGUUGGGGAAAUCUGAUUUAUUAACUCCAUUUUCCUGUCGAGAAAUGCUGAAAUAUUGAUCAUUUCUAGCACUUAGUGGUUUUUAUUUCCGAUUUCUAGCAGUUUUUUUUGCAUUUUAUUUGUUCUCAAAACAGUAGCAUGUGCAUCUUAGUAGAAUAGUUGAUUUUUAACAUAUUGAGACAGUAUCUCAUGCUGGAAGAUUUCAAUCCAUCCAAAUCCUUUUGGAGAUUGUCCCACAUUCUAUCUU